CAAAUUCGCUCAGGCGAGGCGUUCUACCGCGCGGAGAGUUGCCCCGGCCGGGACUUGGCCGUGCUCGCCGCCGCGCUUCAUCGCGAACGCACCGGCUGCCUGCGCGUGCUCGAUGUCAUGGCUGGCAGCGGCAUGAGGGGUGCAAGGUACUUUUCGCAAGCCGAUGCCGAUGAAGUCUGGAUCAACGACGGCAGCACGGAUCUGCACGACGCCAUGGUCUACAACAUGUCGGAAAGGGAUCGACCGCCAGGCUCUUCAGCUCGACGGAUUCGCAUCUCCCACGCAGACGCCAACAGGCUACUCACCAGUUGCUACAUGCGCGAAUUGUACUACGACGUUGUUGACGUCGAUAGCUUCGGCUCCGAGACCAUGCACUUCCCUGCAGCAAUCGAUGCCGUACGGUACGGUGGGCUGUUGUAUCUCACCAGCACCGACGGAUUCACCAGUAGUGGCAAGCGUCCGGCGCGCGGCCUGGCGGCGUACGGCACCUACGCACGGGCUACACCCUGGGCAAACGAGCAGGGCUUGCGCAUGAUCAUCGGCGCAGCGGUACGUGAGGCAGCAGCCAGGGGUGUGACCCUGACACCCGUCUUCUCGCUGUACUCCUACCACGGCCCCGUCUUCCGAGUCAUGCUCCGUGCAACCCGCAGUGCCGAGUGGCACGUUCGCCAUUACGGCUUCAUGGGCCACUGCUUCGUGCAUGGCGACAACUACACAGUCAGCUGGCCCGACUUGGGCACCGCCACGUGCAGAUGCGAGACCCGGGGCCGGCGGCCGGCUCCUGGCACCGGGACGCCGCUGGUGCUGGCAGGGCCGCUAUGGACGGGGCCGCUGCAUGACAAGGCGGAGCUGAGGGCGAUGGCGAAGGAGGCGGCCCGUAGGGGCUGGGCGGGCUUUGGGCUGGACGAGACUGCUGCGCCCCACCUCCAGAACCGAGACCUUCUAGAAGUGCUGAUCGAGGAAGCCGAUCCGCGCCUGCCGCCCGGCUUCUUCUCCAUCGACGCCUCGGUGGCGCGGCGUCUGGCACGGCCGCCUCCGCGAGACGCCCUUAUCACGGUGCUGCGUCAGGAAGGCUUUGCCGCGGCGAGGUGCCAUCUA